UGGACUUCACCCCCGAAAUAAGAACUUAAGCUUCGCUUCAGCCCCCGAUAACCUUAGCCCUCUUCGUUCCCAUCUUCGCCGCUGAGCACGCUCAUUACCUUCUUGCCAUCUUUGCCGCUGAGUGCCCUCUCUUCGCAGCACGACCUCUCUUCGCCGCUGAGCACCCUAAAGCAGCGUUCUCUCUCUCCCUGAACUCAGAACUCUCUUAGUGGUUGGUACAGGAAUGAGCACCCAACACUCUUCUCUUCUCAGCUCACUCGUGCUCGGUCAAAAGCUUCCCGCCGCAACAACAUCUAGCCCCCAUCUCUUUUCUUCACUUCCAUUUCAGGAUGGACCCAUACACAUCAUCCAGCACGGGCAAAUGAGAAUAUGGGAGAGAAGAGAUCCAUCCAAGGACACAAUUAGAAGAUGAUUACUUUAUUGAAAUAAUGGAGAAGGAGACUAGGGCUACGGGGCAGGGGGGUUUAGAAAAAUGGAAACGUAUGGUGGACGCCAUGACAAAUAAAUAUGGGUCAAGAAACAGUGAAAGUAGGCUGAAACGCAAACAUAAGUUCUUUAGGAUCAUGUACUUUGAUAUAAAAAAACUUGUGAAUGUAUCCGGUUUCGGAUUGGAUAAUAGUAGGAGGAUAGCAACCGCCGAUGUUGCUGUUUGGAAUGACUUCCUAGCGGAGAAUGAAUGGGCAAACAAAUACCAAAACAAGACUUUGCCCGAGUAUUCGGUGCUAAGUAAAAUCUACGGGGGUGGAACGGCAGAUGGGACCUACAAAUCUAUUGGGGGUGGCAUUAGAAUUGAGCCAAAAAGGCCCAACAUUGCAUUAUCUUGUGACCCCCCAUUAGAAGUCCAGGAUGGACGAGCUAGUAUCAUCUGGAUAAAAAAGACGACGGUCCCAUACUUCGCUAGGAGCACAUCGCCUAUCAAAGCAACCAGCCCUCAUUGAGUCCAUGUCUGUAGCUAUGAUAGAGAUGGCCCAUGGCAUUAAGACGCUGGCAUGUGACAAGCCUCCAGUAGAGUCCAAGGCUAGGAGAGAUGCCUGUAAAAUUGUUGAAGGCAUGUGGAAAGUAGGCGAAGUUGGUGAUGAUAUCCUUUUAAUGGAUGCAAGGAUCUUCUACGAUUCUACAAAAGCGGAGAUGUUACUAAACUUGGAGGAUCCAUGGAUACAAAAGGCUUACUUAAAUGACGAGAUGAAACGCCUCCAAUAGAGUUCUAAUUGAAUAUGUUUAAUUUUAACAUCAUAGACUGUUACUUUCAUUUGUAGGUGGAUAACUUAUAUCAUUUUAAUGUCAAAUAUUGCUUCAUAGUUUGCUUUACA